AUGAACAGGAAUCAGCUCAUCCCACGGUACAAAGAGGCUGCAGUUGGUGCCUUGCGUGAGAUGGCAGAAGGCAGUGGGGCCUCAGGCAGGGAUCUUUCUUUGCUGAUAGAGGACAUGAAGGAGAAGGAAUCAGCAUAUAAAACAGAAGCUAAAUCUCUACAGGGGGUUCUGACGGAACGCCUGGGCCUUUCCCUCUCUAGUCUGUCCAAAGAAGCCACCAACUGUCUGGAUGUCCUGGUGAGCAGUGCGAUGGCACUUGAAACCAAGGACACUUCUCUUACCAGCUUCUUCUGUGCCAUCAAUGAUAUGACUUCAGAGCUGUAUGCAACAGAAGCAAAAAACAAGAAAAUGGAAGCUGAAGUGACCAAGAUGAGGGCAAAACUAACUGCGGCGCUGCUGCUGGAGGAGCGUUUAAAGGGGGAUAUAACGAAAACGGAAGAACACCUGGACACAGAAGAAGUCAAAGCUGACCUCCGGGAGCAUAACUUGGACUUCUUGAGCAGGAAAUCUGUGGAUAUUGACAGCAGGAUCAGGGCUACUGAGGAGCAGAUCACUGCUACGGGAUUGGACCAGUCGCUGACGCAUGAGGCCCUCAUGAACCUGUCUGAGAAAGUGGCUGGACUGCAGCAAGAAACUGCCUCUUUGCAGAAGAAACUGGAGUCUUACCUCAGUUUACCUCCUAGUCUCUCCCUUGCACGAGUCAAGAUUGAAGAAGUGAAACGAGAGCUGAACGUUGUGGAGGCAGAGUUGUCAAAGGAGAUUGAGAACCUGGAUCUCUGA